AUGCGCAGCGCCCCGCCCCCCAACAAGAAACGCAAGAUCAAAACGGUGCACGAGGAGAAAAUCGACUUCGACCCGGCGGCGCGCGAAGAAUACCUCACGGGGUUCCACAAGCGCAAAGUCGCGCGGCGCAAGUUCGCCGAGGAGGAGGCGGCCAAGAAGGACAAGGAGGAGAAGCUGCGGGCGCGGAAGGAGCUCCGCCAGCAGCGCAAAACCGACCUCGAGAAACACGUCUCGGAAACCAACCGGCUGAUGCGCCUCGCCAACGGCGACAUCCCGUCCGCCUCAGAAAACGACUCAGACUCCGAGACCGAAGACCCCGCGACCGGCGAGCCCACAUUCACCGGCUUCGACGACCCGAUAAACCUCGCGGACGAAUACAUCGACGAAGACAAAUACACGACCGUAACCGUAGAAUCGAUCGGCAUAACGCGCUCGGGCUUCUCGCGGCCAGGCGAGGCCGAGGCGCUGGCCGCCGCGGACCGGGCGAAGGGCGAAGAAGCGCUGAAGACGAAGCGGGUGUGGACCAAGGAGCGGCCGAGGAGCGAGCGGCCGAAGAAGAAGAAGGUGAAGUUUAGGUAUGAGACCAAGUCGGAGAGGAAGAUGGAGCGGAUGAAGCAGGGGUUGAAGAAGAAGAAGCAGGCGGAGAGGAGGAGUAAGGAUAAGGAGGAGAAGUGA